UUCAUAAAUUAUAGCCCCAUGUACGAGAAGCACGAGUCCUAUAGUUGCUGUAGUCCAGAGGCCUGCCAGUUCCUGCUUUAACGCAUUUGUAGUCCUAACUGAGUUCUAACACGGCCUUGGAUGUUUCUGUCCUAAAUAGCUGACAUUGCAUCUUCAAGACUGUGGAAGAGUUUGAACGUAGCUGCAUCACUGAGAGGAAGGACAGAUGAAUAUUGGGGGUAAAUGGUGGCAGUGCUAGGACCUUAAGUUCUUGGAGACUACUAAAUUAGAUUUUAUCAUCCUUGCAUUACUUCAUGGUAUCCAGAACAGUGCCUUGCACACAGAGUGGACGUUAAGACUAUAGGAAGAAUGCCAUUUGGCUUUUGAGUGGAUAAUUGUUGCAGUGAAAGCAGUGACAUUGGAAACAACUAUUGUCCGCUUGAAUUACCUGAAGCACCACCAUGAAAAGAAAUACCUGUGAUUUGCUUUCUCGGAGCAAAAGUGCCUCUGAAGAAACACUGCAUUCCAGUAAUGAAGAGGAAGACCCUUUCCGAGGAAUGGAACCCUAUCUUGUACGGAGACUUUCUUGUCGCAAUGUUCAGCUUCCCCCUCUUGCCUUCAGACAGCUGGAACAAGCAGACUUGAAAAGUGAAUCAGAGAACAUUCCAAGACCGACCAGCCUUCCCCUGAAGAUUCUACCAUUGAUUGCUAUCACUUCUGCAGACUCCAGUGGGCACCCAAAGGAAGCAAGGGAAGAAGAAAGGGAGGAAACAGGGACCGGCUGUUGGUGAAGCAGCGUACCGCGCGUCCUAGUCUUGGUGAACUGGGGAGCCCAGGAGUGUAUCUCUGCCUCAAUCACUGUGGAGGGAGCCUUUUCACAUUCUGUGACCCCUCCCGCUGGCAGAGCCCCCUCUCGGUCGCCCGGAGCCUCUGGUGGCUUCAAGUGGGAAGCUGAGCCCAGUCUCUGUUUCGGCUUCAGAAGCGGCUGCGGCAGCGGCAGCAGCAUCCGGGAGGCGCUCGGGCCAGCGCGGUGAAACCGGCUGGAUAGCAGGGCUUGGAGGUGCGAGCCAGGAUGGAGGCAGAGGGCAGCAGCGUGCCGGCCCGUGCGGGCAGCGACGAGGGCAGCGACGGCGCCGGAGGGGCCACACUCAAAGCCCCCAAGCACCUCUGGAGGCACGAGCAGCACCACCAGUACCCGCUCCGGCAGCCCCAGUUCCGUCUUCUGCACCCCCAUCACCACCUGCCCCCGCCACCGCCGUCCUCACCCCAGCCCCAGCCCCAGCCCCAGUGUCCGCUGCAGCCGCCACCGCCACCCCCUCUGCCACCGCCCCCGCCGCCUCCCGGGGCUGCUCGCGGCCGCUACGCCUCUAGCGGGGCCACCGGCCGGGUCCGACAUCGCGGCUACUCGGACACUGAGCGCUACCUGUACUGCCGUGCCAUGGACCGCACCUCCUACGCCGUGGAGACCGGCCACCGGCCCGGCCUAAAGAAAUCCAGGAUGUCCUGGCCCUCCUCCUUCCAGGGACUCAGGCGGUGAGUGGAGAGCGCCCCCUCCCCCAUUCAGACAAGGGGUCACCUCCCCAGUUCUCAAAUUCUCCUCAUUGGUCUCUUUAUCACUAGCAAUCUAGGACCCAGGACUAAAUUCUAUUCUGGGAAUUGGGGGAGGGAAAGCAGGGGCGUGUUUGUUCUUGCUUGAGAGUGUUAGAAUUCACCUGUGUGUAAGAGACCCUGAAAGUACAGUUUAAAUGGUGUGUGUGUGUGUGUGUGUGAAAGAGAAUGAGGGAUUUGCAGUUGUCUCUACCACCCACCAUCCCCUUCCCACCCACUUCCAUCCCACCCUGGCAAGUGGGACUAAACAGGCAAAUUCAGUUUGCUCUGUUGCAGUAGGAGGAAGAGUGAAGGAAAGGGGUGGGGUUGUUGAGCCAGGGAGACUCCCAGUAAUCAUUCCACUCUCCCCAGAGUGAGGGGGGUUGGUGGGGCAGAUCUGAUGGUGACUGGGAAUGGGUGAGACAGCUUGGUUCCAGGAUUGCAGCGCAAAGCCUGAGAACAACUCAGUUUCUCUUUGUCAGAAAGUAAAUUGAACAGCUAAAGGGGAGAACAAACACGUGGGUGACUUGGAGAGUUUGGAGCAAAAUGUUCAGCAAUCCUCAGGAGAGGGAAAAGGGAGGGAUGGAAGGAGGGAGCAAAGACUCUGUGGGAGUUACACUGUGUUGGUAUGUGAUGUGUGCCUGCUCUAUGUGUAUCCAUCCAGUUUUCUUUGCAAAAUCCCAGGCAGAAAGUACCUCCUUUUAUUUAGCAGCAGCAAAGAUGCAGAGAUUUGAUUACAGUGAUUUCCCCUUAAUGUAAAGUGCUCCGGAAGAUAGGGCAAGGAAGCUGCAUGUCACCCAGAGUUUUAAUAGAAGCCAACUGCUCCUAUUCUGAGGAAAUGAGUAGUGUAAAGAACCAAUUACAGCUACUCUGAGAACUGAACUCAAAUUCUUAACUCAGGCAUGGAGGUGGAAGUUGGGCCCUUUCCCUGCAACCCCCAAACAGCUCUUUUCUUCCCUGUCCCAGGCCCUCUAAGCAAGGAAUGCCCUGCCCCCCACAAAGUGCACACAAAUAAGAUUUCAUUAUCUAAUCUUAGAGGUGGGCAGCCAUUGAUGGACUACAUAUCCAAGCCAUGUAUCUGCAUGAUGGGUAAACUGUAAAUCAGGUGGGCAUCCAGAAACAGGAAAACUUGGGGCUGUUUGUUCAGUUGUGAUUGACAGUUGUUUGUCUAACUGUAAUUGAUAGUAGGUUGGGUUUAUCCAGAAAUAUUAAUAGUGUUUAAAUGUAUGUCUUUCUGUCUGCCCCCUUUCUGGGCUCCGUCUCUCUCUCUGCCCUUUUCUCUUUUCCCCUCCCUCCCUCCUCCUCUCUCUUUAUCUCUUGCUUUUUUAUGGGCAAGUCUCUCUGUGUGUUGUGUACAAAAGGAAAUCCAGCCAAGUGGAAUAUCUCAACCCUGAUAUGCCCACAUACUUCUCGUACUCUUUGCCUUCCUCACACCCUUAAUUACUGGACAUUUUUUUGUGGUGAUGUUCUUAUACCUAUUAGAUAAAAAGGAUGAGAAUUGUGGUUUAAAUAGUCACUAUUCAGAUCAAUUUAAGGUUUGAAAAUUGAUGUGAUUUCAAACAUUUAUAAAUGAAUAUGCAAGUUUCAUUUUUAUACCUCAGACUGCUAAAGCCCGCAUGCUGUGUUAAAUUUUGUUUGAAAAAGUAAAUGUCCUCCACUUGGGUAGAGCACUAUGUAUGUGGUUCCCCUGUGGUGGAAUAAAGGCAAGCAUGGCACUUUGUAUGUUUGAACUAUAAACAUUUGUGAGACUGAGAUUUUAACAAAUAUUAAAUAAGAACAAGAGUUCUAGAUUAAUCUGUGGGUUGGUUGACUGUGUAGAGUCUCUAAAUUCAUUUUUUAAUAAAACAGAAUAUGUCUGAGAGGGUGAAGAGAGAAAAUAAGCUAAUUGGAGUAGAGGUAUUGCAUCAUUGAUUUACAUUUAUUUUUUGCUGUGCUCGCUACACUAAUUAAUUAUUCCAUUUGUAAUUUGUUAAUUGAAUGGUUCACAGAAAACUAAAGAUGUAUAAUUCUUACACAUAGCUUCCACUGUAGCUCAUCUGAUAAAUCAUUCUUAUUCUAUUUAAGAAUUAUUGGACUUAAAAUUCUUUACAUCACUCAUGUAUUUCCCAAACACUCAUUCAUUACAUGUCAAGAUUUCCCUUGAUAGAAUUGCUUUUGUAAAUAAAUGUACUUUGCAAAAAGGGCAUGGAUAUUGCUUUCAUUCUUUUAGGAGAAUGGUUAGGAAUG